GCUGGCGCCCGCCCGCCUCCACGACAAGUCCCGACCAGCAAUCGCCGUCGACGACUUUGGGUCUGGCAACUGAUCCUCGUCCUGCAUCUGCGUUCGUCUGCCUUGCGCUGCCUUGAGUGCUUUCCCACCUAUAUAUAUCGGGUUGCCCCUCGUUCUCAUUUCAUCAAUUGUAUUCAUUUUCUUUGCUCGUCGUGGGCAGCGGGCAGGCAUAUUGAGCCCAACAGUAAAGCGCAAUUGUCCAGGCCUCUCGACUGAUCGCGAAAUGUUUCCUUGUGCAAUGUUCUAGAUACCGACAACCUCAUUGCACGACCGCGUUGGUCCGAGCUGGCUGCUCGUCCUCGAAGCGCGCGCCCAGCGACGACGGAGCCCACGAGGCCAUGAUACCCGAUGGCGACGAACGCUUACGACUAUGAAAACUAUGGCGCGCCCUUUGGCGACAUAUACAAUGACCCCGUCGCCGCACUGCCCCGCCCAGGCACGGUUGGCCUUCCCGGAGGAGCGUGCAACUAUGUCGACCUGAGUCCUGGUGCUAAUGGCGCCAAGUGUGGUUGCCGACGAUUCUGGGUAAGGUCCGCAGAGAUAAGCCCGGAUAUUGGCGGCGCAGGGUGGUGUAUGUGCAAUCACCAUGCCUGCUUCCAUGAUGAUGGACCUCGAGAUAUCCCUCCCCCCGUAGAGGCAUAUGGACCAGGACAGGAAAAUGAGCGCCCAAGGACUGGUCGCGAACCUCUGAGCCCUAUGGUGGACCUUGGACUGCAAAUGCCGCCGCCGCCUCCUGUGGCCAAUCCUCGGAUGGACUUUCCAAUAUUUGACGACGGCCUAGGAUUGUUUCGCAACAUCUCGGAUCAAGCCCCCCUUGGGCAGCUCCAUGGACCACAGGAUGCCACGAACCCUCCUGGAUCUCUCCCCGAUACGUUGGCAUGGGGCGAUGCGGGACCCUCGCUUGCACCGUCAAUGCCCAAGAGUGUUGUCCCUCCUCACACAAUCUGCCCCUCCCAGGCCACGUCUACUACUUCCUCCGUCAGGGCCAGAUAUCUUCGUCCGUUUGCCGGAAAGGGACUCGCUACACUUGAUAUCCCUAAAGAGCUGCCCUAUUGCUCACCAUCGCGGUUUCUCCCAGGAUUCUCGCAGUCGUCUCAGGUCCCAACGAAUGCCAUGAGCAAUCCCACCGUGGUCGGAGGGGAUACACAAGCUGAGAUCCGUGCCCAACCAUCUCAAGGCGUGGAUCGGGAGACCUUUCAAAAUUUGUCUGAUACUGUUGGAGCCCAUGAGCAGCGCUUGGAUCGUUUGGAGACACUGUCCUUCUCGGCGCCUGCCCAUGACGACUGUCAGGAAAAACACGAUCACACUGACCUGCGGAUCACCGAUCUGGAGAGUCGAAUGGAGGAGGCAGAAAAACUCAAUGCCGCCCGGCAGGCCGAGAAGAAUGAUGAUGCCACUGCUAGUGUAGCAUCAUUCUCAACAGCCGGACCAAUCCACUCACAAGAUUUCCAAAGCCAGUUGCAGGCCUUACAAGCGCAGGUCACGUCGCUGCAAUCCUCUCUGCCAACAUUUAUCCAUCCUUGGGAGGUAGAGGUCGUCUUCUUGCCAUUUCCGCUUAAGAGGCUGUGGCUGGAACCUCACCAAUUCAAAUCGGAGGCAAAUGGGCUUGACGACUGGACGCAGAUGCCCAUGACCUGCAGCGCGAAUUCGAGACGCUCAAUGUCCCCGUUUCCAGGUGACUGGGCGCCGAAAGACCAUGAUACCGAAUGGCUCCUACCCAAGGCCUGUGGUGAUAAGAGCAUCAUUGACCGAAGGUUGCGGAGUCGUGGUCUGAUUAGGACGGUCUCUGUUAAAGGCGGAGACGCACGCAGUGUCCAAACCGCCAUGCGUUCGGUAUUUGGUGACACUUGGAAAGAGAUGGGGCUUCCCUCCGCCCCUGAAGCCCCCGGCCCUCCACAUUCGCAGUUCCUGGGUCUACAGUCAUCUUGGAUUCCCCUGCGCAAAGUUCACAAAGAUUCUCGACUCAGGUUCCUCACGCCGGCGGAGAUGCUCAACCCAACUGUUUGGGACGUGCAAUUUCUCAACUCUGUGAUGAUGCGCGCUUCCGAGCCGCGUCUUUUCAUCACUCAUCCUGACGCCUAUCUUCAAGACUUUCAGUCGUACGAGACGGGCUGGACCUGGCAAAGAGUGCGCGAGCUCACUCGUGUCUACACGGAGAACGAAUCCUCACAGGAGGUGCCCGAAGCCGAUGCGCUCGAAGACUGCUGGGCUUGGACCGACACCCUGGACGAGUUGCCAGGCACACAGACUUCCAUGAGCAUGCGCAACGAGCGCAGUGGCCUCCGUGCUUCUACCGGAUCGCCUGCUGUCCAGAACAUGACAUCGUGGCGGUCUAGCAGCCCCAUCGUUGGCGCAUCGUCUGCCGGCCAAUCUCUCAUCCGUCGCAACAGACGGCCCUCUUACAUCCGGACUACCUCGGUUCCGCUGGAAGGUGUCGGUGGCCACCCCUCGCCCAUGACAACGGCACGUCGAAGGGUCAUGUCAGGUGGCCACAGCAGACGAGCAUCGCCCAGCGUCAGGGGAGCUCCACAAUUCGCUGUCAGUAAGAGACGUCGGGCAAGGUCACCCAGCUAUGCACGCUUCACACCACGGUUCACCACGUCGCCGAGCCCCAUGCCCAUGUCACAUGAGCGACAGUAUGUCCGAGGCACUACCCCCUUCGCCUACGCGACACCACACAGCAAUGCGCCCUUACAAGAGGCGCGUACCAUCCGUUCAGGAAGUGCCGCGCCUAUUCCUGCCGAGUACAUGGCCGAUAUGGCCUACGACGAAUUAUACGAUAUUGAGAUCUACGAGAGCGAUUCGGAGAUGUCGUUUGGCGAAGACGACGACGACGAUGAGGAGGACGAGGAGGAUAACAUCGCCUCGGCAAAUCUCAGUGCUCUUGUUCCCCAUGCCCAGCCACAGCGGCGGACACACCUACCAGAAGAUGAACCCUGGCCGGGAAUCGAAGAUCAGGAGCAGCAAAUGUCGGAUGGCGAGAAUGUCGACCCUGCCGAGGACAGGCGGAGUGUUGCGAGCAGUCAGCCAUCAGAAUAUCCCAGCACGAAUCGCGCGUGGCCGGAGGAUACGGCUGCCGGUUUUCGCAUCCACGAGGAUGCGUGAUGAUAUCUCGAAUUGCUUACACUGCUGUACAUGAUUUCUUUCUGUUGGCUGCGAAUCGAAGAAGGCAUGGCGUUUGUUACGAUAUACCACCACACAUACGUAUGAGAGUUUGUUGGCAAUCCUUGGUUGGGCAAUUUAUUAGUAGAUAGCAGAUUGAGGUUGCGUGUACUGUAGUGAUCUCUACUUCUGUACAAUGGAAUCUUCUCACCUCGCAC